GAACAGUCGUACUUUGUUUAUUAAAAGAUACAUGAAUAUAUGGAGAAUAUCUAACGUUUAAUAUUUACUAAUCUUCUUUUUUACAAUAAUGUCCUCACUUACAACAUCAGAUCUUUCCAAACUAUGGGCACGGAAUGCUCAAGUUCCCAAUACGAUUUCCACAACCGUCCAAGAGCUCAUUGCCCGGCGUGCAAGCCUGCGAAGUAAUCAGCCAGCUAUUGCUGCCUGGGAUGGAGAUUACACCUAUGGACAAUUCAUGCAUCUGGCGUCAAAUCUAGCCAAUCACCUAUCUCAACAUGUGUAUCCACGCUCUGGCAAGGUACUGCCAAUCGUGAUGAGCAAAUCAAAAUGGAUGCCCAUAGCCAUGGUCGGGGCUCUGCUUGGAGGCUGGGGAAUAGCUCCUCUAGAUAUUGCUACGCCAACGGCUAGGCUUGCCCAAAUUCUGGAUAUCCUGGAUCCACCUUGCAUCCUUACAACAUCGGAGGACACAAUAGCAGUCAGUACAGCAGUACCAGCUCUUGCUGUGGACAGAUUCGGCCUUGAAGACCGGUCGUUGAGUGGCCCAGAGCAGACUACUGGGAAGGCAUCUGCAAAAGUUGCAGCCAUUGUGUUUACAUCAGGCAGCACCGGAUCGCCAAAAGGUGUAAUGCUCGGCCCAGAAUGCAUCUCAACCUCUGCAGCAUACGGAUCGCAAAUCCUCCAACUUGGCCAGGGCUCUCGGCUUUUCCAAUUUUCCUCUUACUCAUUUGACGUAAGCCUGCAUGAGAUUUUUAUGACUCUGGUAGCUGGCGGAUGUCUCUGUAUUCCUUCAGAAGCGGAGAGACUAAACAACCUCGUCGCAGCUAUCCAAAGGAUGAAGGCAAAUUUUAUUUGUACCACGCCCUCUGUCAUGAUGUCCGUGUUGGCUGAAGCCGUUGUCUCGACGCCAAUUGAAGUAGCUGUGUUAACGGGUGAGGCACUUACAUCAAGAAUUAGCCCCUUGUUUGACAUGGGUAUUUCUCUAUUUAGUUGGUACGGCGCAACUGAGUGUCCCGUCGUUUCCCUUACCCCCUUGGUUGAAGAGAACUGGGCAUCUUCUCAGAUAAGUUCUCGGCAUCCUGGGAACUGCUGGGUGGUCCAAUCUGAGGACUCGGAUGUUCUCUGUGCAUUCGGUGAGGUGGGAGAAUUAUUAGUGGAAAGUCCGAUGCUGACAUUGGGGUAUCUGAAUGCUCCACAGCAAACAGAGGCAGCCUUUGUUGUUGACCCAGCAUGGCUAACUGAUGGCCAUGGCCGUGUUGCUGGUCGACGGGGCAGACUGUAUAGGACUGGUGAUCUUGUACGAAACAAUCGAGACUGGACGCUUGACUAUAUCGGCCGUAAGGAUACCAUGGUCAAAAUACGUGGCCAACGUGUUGAUCUGAGCGCAGUCGAGUUUCAUAUCUGGAACUGCCUUCGGUCAGGAGAUCUGGGAUCGCCCGUCCGAGUAAAAGAGUUAGUUGUUGAGGCGAUAAUACCCAGCCAAGGUAGUGAAAAUGCCAGCGUUUCUUGCUUUUUAUACGUGGAACGCCAGCUCAAUCUUCAACCCCAGUGCUUGCCGCAGAAACAUCUAACCAAGUCAACAAGCCUACCAUGCAUCAAUCUCUAUGCGCCUGACACACUGUUGCAGGGCCUUCAAGCAGAAAUUGAUCGUGCGUUACGGGCAGUACUUCCUGACUAUAUGGUGCCGUCCCUGUAUUUCCAAUUGUCUGAAAUGCCAUUCACUCCUUCCGGAAAAGUUAACAGAAGGCUUUUGCGCUCUUUAGCAUUGCAGAUAUCUAGUCAUGACUUGCUGGCAUGCCGUACGUUUCCACAGGAAGACUAUAUUUUACCCCAUAAUGGCACUGAGUUGGCGCUUCAGAGACUCUGGGCAGAAGUGCUAGGAAUGGACGCGGCCACUGUUCACACAAACAUGAGCUUUCUUCAAUGUGGCGGAGACUCUCUUCGUGCCAUUCUCCUCUCCAAGGCAUUAAAGACAGAAUUCAACUUGCCCACCACAGUCACGCAGCUCUUACGCCGGGAGACUACGAUCCAAUAUCUCGCAACACUGCUGGAGCAGCACGAAAGUGGGCAGACAGUCGAUGGGCCGCAGAUGGAUAUAGCUACUAUUCUGGAGUCUUGGGUAGCAAGCCUUGGAAAUGUAUCCAUAAACGCUCCAACGUCGCAUUCUCUAGGAACUCGAGGCUCCCAAGUAUUGCUAACGGGUGCGACUGGGUAUCUGGGGACACAUAUCUUGGGCGAGCUAUUCAACAACCACCAAGUGAGCAAGAUUGUUGUAAUAGUACGCGCAGCAGAUAUUGGUAUAGCAAAAGAACGGGUUCGUGAAGUAGCGAUUACUGCAGGCUGGUGGCAGAAGAGUGCAUUCUGUCGCAUCGAAGUCUGGGUAGGGAACUUGGCCGAACCACAGUUGGGUCUUCAAGAAGAACAAUGGAUCGAGAUGUCCAAUAUUGACACAAUCAUUCAUAACGGUGCUGUUGUCCAUUAUGGUGCUGACUACGAUGUCCUGGAGAGAGCAAAUGUCAUCUCAACAUUCCAUUUACUAGAGGUUGCUCUCCAAUCCCAGCGCCUCCGAACCUUUAUCUUCAUCUCCGGCGGCAUCAAACAAAGCCCAGGUCAGUCAGAAGCAGACUAUCAACAGACUCUCAACGGGUCUGAAGGAUACAGCCAGACCAAGUACGUGUCGGAACAACUAACCUUGGCUGCGGGCCGCCUAUGCAACGAAAUGGUCCACACGAACAAUGAGGAAUUGAGUCGCACCUUUAUGGUCAUCAAACCUGGUUACAUCAUUGGCGAUGAGGUGUCUGGCCUCUCCAACACCGAUGACUUUAUCUGGAAGCUGGUUGCUGGAGCCGUUCGCAUGGGAUCCUUUCCUUCUGACCCGCCAGACUACUGGCUGGACAUAGCAGAGGUCACCUAUGUCGCAAGACACAUAACUUACCAAGCGCUGCUACGGGCAUUCAAUGCUUCCCCCGGGCCUAUUACGCCCCCUAGGUCUAUAAACAGCGGCUGCUCUAGUCCCAGCCACGAGGAUGCUCGCGAGAAUAGAACUGUCAACUCCACUGUGAUAUUUGAUGACCUGAGCCGCGGUUUGCCAGUACACCGCUUCUGGCAUGCCAUCCAGUCACAAGCUCAGAUUUCUCUAAAACAACUGGACUGGGAUUCGUGGAUUGGCCAAGCCAAUGCUGAUCUUGAGCGAGACCAGGAAGCCCACCCCCUAUGGAGCAUACAGCAGCAUUUGGGGCCGAGCCUUGGCAGUAGGACACCGGCUAAAGAAGUUAGGCUUAGGUCAAUGGAAGCAUCCGGUACCCUGAACGAGGUUGAAGCGGCGGUCCGUCGCUGUGUAGAGUACCUCUGCAAUAUCCAAUUCAUCUUCCUUCCGUUCAAGGAGGUAUCCAUAAACCCUUCAUAUGUGAAUGGUAUGCAUCCAGAAAACAACAGCAGCGACAGUUUUACAGACGACGAUGAGCAUCAUCAUCUAGCAAAAAAGAGGGCAGUAGUCCAAGGCAAACUUCACCAUCCAAUUAUCAACCGAUCCAAAUUGACGGACUGGAGCUGAGUAGACUUUCCCUUGGGCUUGGUUGAGGGAGUGGAGCGGUUGACUUGACUUACACGGCUUCGGUAUCGGCAACAGGCAACUGAAGCGGGUCCAGCCGGAUCCGAGAGAAGCGGCGGCCAGCGCCAAGUAAACAGAGGGCCGGGUCAGCAAAACUUUGGGCAAGUGGAAUGAGCUCUUAGCUAGCUAACCGUUAUAUUUGUAGUCUGGCAAAUAUACAUGUAUUUUAUAGCAAAUACAUCUUUUGGGGGUACCAGUCGUG